AAAGGUUUGAUAGCAGAUUGUUAACUUGGAUUGCGAUUAUCCUUCUACAAUGUCACAGCUGAUAAUUCGUCGUUUAUUUAUUUGAAUUAAUUCGAAAACAACCCUUAAUUUUCAAGAGAAAUUAUUUAUAUAAAUUUCAAAAGAAAAUAGCUAUAUUUGUGUGCACUUUCGAAGGACAAACAAUGAAAAGCUUUGUAGGUUUUGCAGUGAUAUUAUUUUCGUUAUCGUUUGUGAAAAGUAACUACACUCCAGACUGGAAAUCUCUAGAUUCUAGACCAUUACCUUCAUGGUAUGAUGAUGUAAAAGUUGGAAUUUUUAUUCAUUGGGGUGUGUUUUCUGUUCCUGGCUUUGGAUCUGAAUGGUUUUGGAAAGACUGGUCGACAAACGAAACGGGUUUUGUGGAUUUUAUGGACAAUAAUUUUAAGCCUAAUUUUACGUAUCCUGAAUUUGCACCUCAAUUUACUGCCGAAUUUUACGAUCCUGAAAAAUGGGCGGAAAUAUUUGAAGCAUCUGGCGCCAAAUAUGUGGUUCUGACAAGCAAGCAUCACGAAGGAUUCACCCUUUGGCCUUCAAAAGUGUCAUGGAACUGGAAUGCAAAAGAUAUCGGACCAAAGAGGGAUCUCUUAGGAGACCUGGCAAAAGCUAUAAGGAGUAAAACAGAUUUGCAUUUUGGAGUUUAUCAUUCAAUGUUUGAUUGGUUUCACCCAUUGUAUCUUUUGGAUAAGCAGAAUAAAUACUCAACUCAGUAUUUUGUCGACAACAAAGCAUUACCUGAACUGUUUGAACUUGUGAAUAAUUAUCGACCAGAAGUAAUAUGGUCUGAUGGAGACUGGGAAGCUUCAGAUACAUACUGGAAAAGUAAAGAAUUCUUGGCAUGGUUGUACAAUGAAAGUCCUGUCAAAGACGUUGUUGCAGUAAAUGACAGAUGGGGAGCCAACAUUCCUUGUAAACAUGGAGGAUACUAUACGUGCUCAGAUCGUUACAAUCCAAAAACCCUACAGGCCCACAAAUGGGAAAAUGCAAUGACAUUAGACAAGGGAUCUUGGGGUUUCCGAAGAAAUGUUGAAUUGAGUGACUACCUGACUAUUGAGGAACUUGUCACAACUCUUGCAGAAACUGUCAGUUGUGGCGGAAACCUUUUAAUCAAUGUAGGACCAACCCACGAUGGUCGAAUCAUUCCUAUUUUUGAAGAAAGACUUCGUCAGUUCGGAAACUGGAUGAAGAUAAAUGGUGAGGCAAUCUAUGGAACUACACCAUGGAAAGCUCAAAAUGAUACACUCACUCCAGGAGUUUGGUACACUUCUAAAGGUGACGAUAUCUAUGCCAUAGUUUUAAGCUGGCCGAAAAAUAACGUUCUUCAACUGGGAGCACUACAAACCUUACCUGGUGAUAAGAUAUAUAUGCUUGGAGUCGACGAUCCUCUCGAAUAUUCGCAAGCAAAGAAAGUCGCUAAAAUAAUUUUCCCUGUUUUGCCUCCGAAUGAAUUACCAAGCACUUACGCCUGGGUGUUGAAAGUUACGCAAUGAUUUAUACAAAUUUUGUUUCUUUUAAUGCUUAUCAUAAAGAGAGAAUAACAUAUUCUUUUCUUUAUUAGAGACAAAUCUUACAUUUGAAUAUUACGUAAUGAAUAGUAUUGUGUGUGUUUUAUAUCAGUUGUAUUUUUCAUUGCUUGUUAAAAAGAAAUGCCUGUGUGUUUCUUAAUAGAAAUGUUCUUGUACGACAUCUUUUAAAUAAAUAUUUAUCAAAUA